UUUAAAAGGCGGCGGGCGGGCUGGAGGCGGCGGUGACGGCCGGGGCCAUCGCCUCCCGCCGGCUUUUCCCCCCCUUCCUGCCGCUCCGCCGCUCGCAGCCCGUUAAAAAGAGGAGGCAAGAUGGCCGAGCUGGGCAGCAAGGGGGUCACGGCCGGGAAAAUCGCCAGCAACGUGCAGAAGAAGCUGACCCGGGCGCAGGAGAAGGUCCUUCAGAAACUUGGUAAAGCAGAUGAAACAAAAGAUGAGCAAUUUGAACAGUGUGUGCAAAACUUCAACAAACAGCUGUCCGAAGGCACGAGGCUGCAGAAGGACCUCCGAACUUACUUGGCUUCUGUCAAAGCUAUGCACGAGGCCUCCAAGAAGCUGACAGAGUGUUUGCAGGAAGUUUAUGAGCCAGAUUGGCCUGGGAGAGAUGACACAAAUAAAAUAGCAGAGAACAAUGAUCUCCUAUGGACAGAUUUCCAUCAGAAGCUGGUGGAUCAAGCACUUCUGACCAUGGAUACAUAUCUUGGCCAAUUUCCAGAUAUUAAAUCUCGUAUCGCAAAGCGAGGAAGGAAGCUUGUGGAUUAUGACAGUGCCAGACACCACUUUGAAGCCCUGCAAACUGCAAAGAAGAAGGAUGAAACCAAAAUCGCAAAGCCUGUUUCGCUGCUUGAGAAAGCUGCGCCUCAGUGGUGUCAAGGGAAGCUACAAGCUCACCUCGUUGCACAAACUAAUCUGCUCCGAAAUCAGGCUGAAGAAGAGUUGGUAAAGGCUCAGAAGGUGUUUGAAGAGAUGAAUGUUGAUCUGCAGGAGGAACUGCCUUCACUAUGGAAUAGUCGUGUUGGUUUCUAUGUCAACACAUUCCAGAGUAUAGCUGGCCUAGAAGAGAACUUCCAUAAAGAAAUGAGCAAGUUGAACCAAAAUCUUCACGAUGUCCUGCUGGGUCUAGACAAGCAGUACUCAGGCAAUGCCUUCCCUGUUAAAGCACAGCCCAGAAAGAAAACUAAACUGUUCGCCAGGCUGAGGAAAAAGAUGAGCAGGUACCGUGACAGCACCCCAGCGAAAGCAAAUAAAAGCCCUUCGCCUCCACCAGAUGGAUCUCCCAUCACCAGCCCUGAGACCAAGACUGUCAACCAUGAGCUGGAACCGUCCACUUUGGAAGCACCUGGGGCAAGCAUCCCAAAGUCACCGUCUCAGUUGAGGAAAGGGCCUCCGGUGCCUCCGCCUCCAAAAGUCACUCCCUCCAAGGAGAUCAAGCAGGAGAACAUCAUCAGUCUGUUUGAUGACAAUUUUGUCCCCGAGAUAAGUGUGACAACCCCUUCGCAGUUUGAUGCCCCUGGGCCCUUCCAGGAGGGAGCCAGCCUGUUGGAUCUGGAUUUUGAUCCCAUUAAACCAGAUGCCACUGUGGGGAAGACCCCCACACCCGCCUCCCAGUCUUUACCUUGGGAUUUAUGGGAGCCUGCAGAAGCAGCCCGUGCAGGAGCUGAAGCAGCUGGAUCAGAAGCAGCAGCUGGAGCUGAAGCAUCUAAAACUGAAGCUGACUCAGGAUCGAGCUCUUUGCCUGCUGUUGUUGUGGAAACUUUCCCUGCAACUGUCAAUGGCACUGUGGAAGGAGGUGCUUCAUCUGAGAGAGCUGACAUGCCCCCAGGAUUUCUGUUCAAGGUCCAGGCCAUGCAUGAUUACACGGCCACUGACACUGACGAGCUGCAGCUGAAGGCUGGGGACGUGGUGCUUGUGAUUCCAUUUGAGAACCCUGAGGAGCAGCUGGAUGUGGGUGCAACAGCCAUGAACUCAAGACUCUCCAAGCUGCCGAGGGACGAAGGAUGGCUGAUGGGUGUGAAGGAGUCUGACUGGAUCCAGCAUAAGGAACUUGACCAAUGCCGAGGGGUUUUCCCUGAGAAUUUCACCGAACGGGUGCAGUGAAAGUCCAAGCCCACCAGCUGCAUUUCUGCUGGAAGAAAGCAAGUUUUCUGGUAGAUAACUGAAAAAGAACAACGAAAAGAAAUGAAGAGAGAAUUAUGAAGGAAUAGAAGCCUGAAAAAAAAGUCAACUUAAAGGGUGUGUUCUUCUCAAAGGGCAAGGUUUCAGAAGUUAAUUGAAAUUCAAAGUGUUAUUGAAAUAUAUACAUAUUAAUAAUAUUAAGGCAAUUCAGAUACCCUCUUCCCCUUUGGUUUAAACAGUAUUUGGAUUCAAAGGACUGAUGCAGAAGCAACUGAGUGAGGUUCUCCAAGUACUGCAUUGACUGAAUUGUCAGAUGUCAGUCUGGUUCCUGGAAAGGCAGUAUUUGUCAAACGGCUUGAAAGUAGAAGCUGCAUUUGCUCUUGGGUGGGUUACUCUGUUUUGUCUUGAAGGUGGCUUGCAUGGCAACCAUAAAAAUUCUGCCUUCCCUACAUCUUCAACCUACAGUAGGCCAAACUUUCUGUUAUGCUGUUGAAAAAAAAGAUUUAGUGUAUAGUGUUCAACCACUACAAUGUAUGUGUGUGUGUGUGUAUUUUAUUUUCUUCCUUUAAAACAAUGUUACAUAAACUGUGAUUUUAUACAUGUAAAGGUAGAAGAAACUACAUGGAAAGGGCAUCAAGAAGGUGAAAUGCGUGAAGCUGUGCUCAGUCCAAAGUAAUUUCAAAUGUGGAGAUCUAAAUUCUCACAGUAGUGUUGGCCUUUGAAAUCCUAAGGGGAAUGGACAAAUUCAAGAGGAGAAACAAGACAAAACAAACAGAUGCUGUUUGGAUGUCUGAAAUUUAGGCGAGGGAAUCCUCCAGUACACGCAUCUCCAUCCCCUACCCCCCAAAAAAACCCCAAACCUAUUGGUGGUUUCAGAAAAUUUAGGUUCAUGUAGAUGGAAAAUAGCUGUAAAAUCUACUGGUUAGAAAAUUUGCUUUUAAAGACAGAGAUAAGGGAAGAAUUUUUUUUCUGUAAGAAUAUCAAAGAGAAAACACUGAUAAAAAACAAAUUACUUUCUGUGCUUUUCAUUGGCGUUGUUUUUUGUGGAAUUGUAUUUCUUAUUUUCCUUUGAAGAGUUCUAUAAGUGAAAUAUUGUUAGAUCAGCUUUCUCAGUGCUGUGCUGAUGAUCAAGUUAACCUCUAUGAAAACUGGACUCUUGAAAUGCUCGUUUAAAAUGGCUGUGUGACUUCAUGCUAUUGUAAUGCAUUAGAAAGGAAGGCAAGAAUAUCAAAGUGUCAGUGUCAAGAAGACACUGCAGUCUAAUACUGAUGCUGAGUCCUUUCCUUUACCUUUCCUUUGCUUCUGUUUGUUUUGAAUUGUUUUUGUUUUUAUUUUUAGUUUAGACAAGCAGAUGACAAGGCAUAUUCUAAGUGCAUAUUACACUUGUUAAUAUAAGCCGGUCUGGCUCUCCAAGACUCUAAAGUCCCACAAAGGUACUUUAUAAACUUUACUUGAAUACUGAUGCAGCUGGCAAGCAAGUCAGACUAUUUUAAUUUUUUACAGCUUCCCCUCCUCCCCCAUGAUUGUUUUGCCCUGAAGGGAUUUUUAACAGUGAGGUUAUGCCAUGCUCAGGAUCACUCUGAAAUAAUCUUCCAAACUGGUAGGAGUUGGCUUUUGUCAAAGCUGCACAAAAUGCUGACAGAGUACUGAAAAUCUCACCUUUCCCAGUCUCUUUGGAUUAUAUGUAGAACAGCAGAAAAACAUUGUAGGGCAGAAAUUGUGUUUAAAAAAAACAAAAACAAACCAACUUAGUUUGGAGGAACAGAUCUGAUUUUGAUUAGAAAAUAUAUUCUUAUAGAUGCAAGCAUUGUUGGAGUUCCUCCUGCUUUCAGCCUGGGAGAUGAUCCAUGCUAGUUAUUUACAGCAAUGUAACAGGCAUUAAAUCUGUCCUAUAUAUCCAAAUCCCUUCUCCUUUUUAAAAGAAAAAAUGUGCAGGAAUUUGUUUUGCAUCACUGUUAGAAACCCCAAUAGUAUUUAGGAGUAACUGCUCACAAUACAGAAGGACUGGACUCCACAAAUUAUGGUAUGGUGAGCUGUUGCUUUAGAAUACUGCCCUGUUUGACUUUUUUUUCCUUUUUCAUCAGGGUUGUCUUUAUUAUUACUCUUUUUUGUUUUUCAAAGUAUCUAUUUUUAUGCAUUUGUGACUCCCAUUACUCCUUUAAAGAUUAUUCAUAUAAAAAUAUACAUUUAAAUAUAUAUAGAAAUAUAUAUAUAUAAAAAAGCGGGUUGAUCCAAUUAACAUAAUGCUGUCAGCUUAAAAUGUUUAUUUUUAUGCAAAACCUGUGGAUAAUAGCUUUGUUUUUUUUAAAAAAAGAACAAGAUUCUAAGUUACCAGAGCUGUGAUUUUUUGUCUUGUAGUAACUGUUCUAGACCAUUUAGAAAGCUGUGCUGAUACCUAAUUUAUUGUGGGGUUUUUUUUGCCGUUGUUGUCCUCUGCUGUGCUUGAACCAGAUGACUGUCCCAACAAAGAUCCUUGUAAGGCCUUUUGAUUUUAUUGAGCUUGCAGAGCAACUAUCCAGUACUGUAUUGUCCCUGCAGAAGUGGUAGCACUUUGCAAAAAAGGGAUGUUGUUUUCAGGUCACGUGAGCGAUGCUCCAGUGUUGCUGGUGGCGGGGAGAGUGUUGUGUCUCUCUCCAUUUGCUUCCCCCAAAACCCCCAAGCCCCCUGGCUUUUAGAGCAGGUUAGGGUGGGUUACCUGGAUCUUGCAUUGCUCACAGAUAAGUGGUGUCAGCACAUCUCAGUCAGGUUCUGAAAAUGCAGGAUCAGACCCACAGUUUAUAAAUUGCCUUAUGUGAAAGUAGGAUGGCAGAGCAGGAAACUUGUAGAUGGCAGUGUUCUUCAGAGCCAGGAGAUCUGUCUCCUGGAUUGUUCAGCCCCUUGUAAACAGCCAUGGCUCUUCCCAUUUUCAGUGUUUUUACAUCUCCUAAAUACCUUGAUUCUGGUUGGUAUUACCUGGAAAUGAACUUCCCCUUUCCUUCGGUUUAGAUCUGAUUCAAAUAGAAAGAGGGACAGUAAACUCCCAAGCAGGCUGUGCCCUUCUGGUUUUUCAGUUUGCAGGCUGAACUGAAAAUCUGAGAAAAAAUGUAAGGGUGACCUGAGACAAUUUUUUUUCUAUUUUCUCAGUGGAAUGAAAAAGGGAAAAAUUGAAACAAACAAAUCCUUUCAUACCAAAAUGAAACAUUAAUUUCUAGGCUUGCAUUUUAACAAUGUUACGUCUUGGGCUGUAACAGGUUGCUUUGAAGCAAAAAUGUGAAACCUUCUGUUUUGAAAAUGCUGAAAGAAAAUGUUUUAAUGUUAAUAGUCUUUUUGCCUUUGCCUUUUUUCUUAAUCUGAUGACUGGUUUCAGUUAACUCUAAACUGCAUUUUUUUGCAAAUACAUUAUCCACUGAAGAGAACCCAAAGAAGCCCAGUUCUGCUCCACUGACAGAUACACUGGACACAUUUCAGGGAUUACUUGGUAUCUGGCCCAUCAAAGCUGCUGUUUUCCCCAUUUAAUAAUCUCCCACUUGACUGUUCUGGGUGAAAAAUAAAAGCAUCUCUCAUCCCGUGCCAUUGACUGGUUUUGUAGCUGGACUUAGAAAGACAUUCUUGCUCUGUUGUCUUCAGUUUGGUUACAGAUUUAUGGUACUACUCCAGUUUGAGCCUAAUCCUAGUAUGAAGUGUGGGAAUUAAUAUGUACCCAAUUGAUGAGAAAGAAAUAAGGUAUUGUUUCUUACCCCUUUUUCUAUCUUAGCAGUGUCAGUAAUAUAUCUAUUUGAUAGAAUUAAGGAAAGGUCCCAGGGGGAAGAAGAGUGUGGUGUUCCAGGUGGGUUUCCCCCAUACUCUCUGCUGUUUUCCAUGGGAAUUCCUCAGCUGUCUGCUUUUAUCACCUUUGUUUUGCUUAGCUGUUGAGGUGAUGCAGUAAAUGGGGUUGUGCGGGUUCAUUUCCAGCUGCUCAAAGGUGGUAGUGCUUUGUGUGAAUUGUGCCACAAUCCUUGAAGCUUUGUUCACUGUUGCAGAACCCUCUCCUGUCCCACUAUCCUCAGACUGCGGCCAAGGCAGACAGCCCUAUGUCAAAGGGGACUUGGAGCAGGAGUCAGGACUCCAAAUUCUAUCUGGAACUGGGAUGCCAGUUCAAUUAGGUUUUGCAGUAGCCUCUUGGAGGGAAAAGGCCCAAGGCUAAGGAGAUGGAGGAGGAUAGAGGGAUGAUUCAUUAUCUUUGUCAGGUUGGGUUGAUACCCUGACUCCCUCACGUCUUAGUUCCAGGGAGAAACUCUAUAGGGCUGAGAACAAAAUAGGAAUGGCCAAGAUGUGUAUGUUCAAUCUGAUAACAGGUGCUCCUUGCCUGCCAGUGGCACUGGGUUCAGAGCAUCCUGUUUCCUGCUCUGUGCCAGACAGAUGUAAUGCUCUGCCACAGAUAUUUUGGAUUCUGUGCAGUCAGUGCAUCAAAAGAGUGAAUGUCCUUGUCUGAAGGAGGCAGAGGUGUCUCUCAGCCCUUUCUAGGAAGACCUAUGGAUCUCCCACAGACAAGGCCUGUGUGCAUCCAACACAGUCGCCUCUGAUUUCAGCACCGGCCCUAUUCUCCAGCUCCUCUCACUUCCCAGCCUCUCCCAUGCUCUUUGAGGAUGAUGGCAGCAUUGGGCACGUUCUACCAGCCAAAAAGUGCAAAGCCAGAAGAUGCACAAACAUGUCCAUCAGCAAAUCCUACACAAUGCAGCGUGAUAGUGCUGAUAUCAGGUAAACAAGCAACAGCUUUUCUUCUCUGGGCCACCAAAGGGAAGCUACUCCUUGCCACACAGGUACUGUCUCACCUGGUGCUGGUGCAGACACCUCUCUGCUUGCAUGCUCUGGUUCACACCUUUUUGCAUAACUCCUGAUGGAAAGGAGUCCUGGGUGGUGCCCAGAGCUGGAUUGUGUCACCAGCCCUCACAAACCAUCGGGUUUAGUUCACAUAUGGGGGCUAAGAAUAAAAGGCUCUUUUGGAAAUUUUGCUUAUGAAACUAAAUGGAGAAACUGCAGCUUUGAAGACUGGUCUGUAUAAGCUUGUACUUUGAUGUGUCCUAUGGCUAUAAUUCCUUCACCUCCUUUUGCAGCUUAUUCUGCUAUUGUGACCCUAGUCUGCAUUUCUUGUAGAAGGUCCCUACUUGAAACUUGCCAGAUGCAGUCCUGGGCUUAUUGCUUCUCUUUAGCUGAAUUAAGUGGGAACGACUUUGGCAGUGUAUUAGCAAUCUCUUUUCCUUCUGUUAAUUCAGUCUCUGAGUUUAAUCACAAUGACCUGAAACAUGUUUGGGGGUUGAGUGGUUUUUUAAUUAAUUUUUGUUUUUGUUUAAUCAAAGCUGAACAAUUCCCAUUGUAUUUAGAGCUGUGAUACCCAGUUCCACAAGUACUAGAUGAAUUUGUCCCAUCUUGUUUCUUGGUGAUGUUCAGAAAUAUAAUUUGUGUCAUCCUAAA